UGUCCUCUCUGCAGCGUGGCACUGUGGCUGUGCAAGAGUCAACGACCGGAGCGGUUCUCACAGCAGGAAAGCUCAAUUUCUUUGACGAAAUACACGCAGUGAUAACUCGUAUGUGACCCACUCGAGGAUUUAGGGACUCACAGCAGCAAAAAAUCGUGGGAGUUUGGUUUAUUUCUCGACGGGCCCGGAUACAGCUUGAUACCGAUAGAGAGACUCAACUCAGGUCCUUUCGUCCUGACAUGGACACAGGAAUUGUACCCGAAAAGAAAAGAGUGAGCUCAGAGCGGAGGAAGGAGAAGUCAAGAGAUGCUGCGCGAUGCCGGCGCGGGAAGGAGUCCGAGGUGUUCUACGAACUGGCCCAGCAGCUGCCGCUGCCCCACAGCGUCAGCUCCAGCCUGGACAAGGCCUCCAUCAUGAGACUCAUCAUCAGCUACCUGCGCAUGAGAAAACUUCUAAGUACGGAUGAGCCAGUGGCAGAGGAGGAAACAGAGCUGGAUAUCCAACUAAACAGCUCCUACCUAAAGGCUCUGGAAGGCUUUCUCAUGGUGCUUUCGGAAGACGGAGAUAUGAUCUAUCUCUCUGAGAAUGUCAACAAGUGCCUGGGGCUGGCACAGUUUGACCUGACUGGACACAGCGUGUUCGACUUCAUACAUCCCUGUGACCAGGAGGAGCUGAGGGAGAUGCUGGUCCACAGAACAGGCUCCAAAAAGACCAAGGAACAAAACACAGAGCGCAGCUUCUUUCUCCGAAUGAAGUGCACUCUCACAAGCAGAGGCCGCACUGUCAACGUGAAAUCGGCCACAUGGAAAGUGCUCCACUGCUCAGGUCAUGUACGUUUAUAUGACAGCCACAUCGAGCAGCCUCCCAAUGGCCACAAGGAGCCACCUGUCCCGUACCUGGUUUUGAUCUGUGACCCCAUCCCACACCCCUCCAACAUUGAAGUCCCUCUGGAUACCAAGACCUUUCUCAGCCGCCACACAAUGGACAUGAAGUUCACAUAUUGUGACGAGAGGAUCACUGAGCUGAUGGGUUAUGAUCCAGAUGACCUGCUGAAUCGUUCAGUGUAUGAGUACUACCAUGCUCUGGACUCGGACCAUCUCACCAAGACUCACCACAACUUGUUUGCAAAGGGUCAGGUCACCACAGGCCAGUACAGGAUGCUGGCCAAGAGAGGAGGUUUUGUGUGGGUGGAAACCCAGGCCACUGUCAUCUACAACAACAAGAACUCUCAGCCACAGUGUGUUGUCUGUGUCAACUUUGUGCUUAGUGGCAUCCAGGAGGAGAAACUGAUCAUGUCUCUGGAACAGACCGAGGACAUGAAGUCGGUGAAGGAGGAGCAGCAGGAAGAGGAAAAGGCUGAGGUCGAGAUCAGUGAGCCAGACAUGUCACCAGUCCUGCUGAAGGACGACGAGGAGAAGACCCCAGAGCAGGACAUGGUCAAGCUGUUCACCCAGGUGGCUGAUGUCAAGCCACUGGUUAGCCUGUAUGAUCAGCUGAAGGAGGAGCCUGAGGCCCUAACCCUGCUGGCCCCAGCCCCUGGAGACACAAUCAUCUCCCUGGACUUCAGCUGCCCUGAUUCAGAGAUACAACUGCUGGAGAAUGUCCCUCUCUACAAUGAUGUAAUGCUUCCCUCCACCAAUGACAAGUUGGAUCUGCCUCUUUCCCCUCUGCCGCCCAGCGAGCCUCUCCAUGUCACCACCACCAACUCUGAGAACUUGAAAACUGAGAGCUUUGCUCCCACACCGUCCACCACAUCAACCAGCCAGAGCUCCUCAGAGACUGACAGCCCAUUGGACUUUUGUUUCCCAAUGGACUCUGAUAUGAGCUCAGAUUUCAAACUAGACUUGGUGGAGAAGCUGUUUGCAAUUGACCCACAACCCAAAACUCCCUUCACCAAACAGGCAAUGGAAGAUCUGGAUCUGGAGAUGUUGGCACCCUACAUCCCCAUGGAUGAUGACUUCCAGCUGCGUAGUUUGACCCCAGAUGAGACCCUCUCUUGUGGAGUAAAAUCUCUGGAGACCUGUCCUCUCCGCUCCCUGGAGAGCUCCCCUCUCCAUGUCACGCAGGAAGUCAACAGCUAUCCCAACUCCCCCUUCAGCUCACCAGGUAGUCAGGCUGCUUCACCAGCACCACCCGAGCCAGUAAAUGCCCCUCAUCCUGCCACCAUCAUCGCUAAGAGGACCCCACAGUUGGACAAAGAAGUCUCUCUCAGGACCCUGGCAGCUCAGAACGCACAGCGCAAAAGGAAACUGGGCGACAUAAGGGAACUUUUUGGACAGGGAUCUUUGCCCCAAGAGCAGCUGGAACAGGGCAAAAAACUGAAGUCCUCAGAAUCAGGAACAACCAGGACCAUACUUCUGUUGCCUUCAGAUAUGGCAAGUCGUCUGCUGGGCACAGCAGAGGGCACCAGUUCACUCUUCACGCUGCCGCAGCUCACCCGCUAUGACUGCGAGGUCAACGCCCCUUUACAGGGUCGCCAGUACCUGCUGCAGGGGGAGGAGCUGCUGCGUGCUCUGGACCAUGUCAACUGAGUCAAUGCUUAUCCCGCUCACUGCUGGACUAGACUGGACACUACAGUUUCUCCCGCACAUUGUCACUCCCUCUCCAAAGCCCCCCCCCUCUCAAUCCCACCCACCUAACUCCACCCCACUGCCCCUUAUUUAUGUAUCUGUAUGAGUUUGAUUAUAGUUUGGCUGCUGUUUGCGCACAUCAUGUGAUUUUCCGCAGCAUUCCACCGUGACAAACACCAUAGCAGCGUCUGGGUUUUGGUGCAAGGGAUUCAGGCAUCAUAAGAUGUCCAAUAUAUAUUUUUAUUUUUGUUUUUUUCUCUCUUCUGGGGAGUCUGUCAGCACACAGCGCCUCUACAGAUGACCCUCUUCCAGCAGGUCACCACAGAACCUGGCGCUACUGCCAGCAGUGUAUUGUAAGCUUCAGUCGCACAAUUUAUAUUUUCUUAAAAAGAAAAAUAUUACCAGCAAUAUAUAUUAAGCCUUUUUAAAGUAGUUUUAAUGGGA